CUGGGAGUGGCAGAAAGGAGGAGAGGCGAGAGGAGAAAGAGGAAGAAAGAGGAGGAAAAGGACGAAGAGGUUGAGCAGCCGUACGCAAAUCAGGAUUUCCCUGAAUAUUUACACAGCUUCCUUCCGUUUACGGCAGCAGUAUGGCCGAGGGCUCAGUGUCUGUCGCAGAGGUGGAGGCCUCCUUCCAGAAGUUUGCGGUCCAUGGAGACACUAAGGCCACAGGAAAGGAGAUGAACGGCAAGAACUUCGUUAAGCUCUGCAAGGAAUGCCACAUCAUCGACGGCAAGAACGUCACUACUACGGAUGUCGACAUAGUUUUCUCCAAAGUCAAGGCAAAGUCAGCUCGCGUAAUCACAUUUGAGCAGUUCACCCAGGCCCUGACGGAGUUGGCUCCCAAACGUUUUAAAGGCAAAAGCAAAGAGGAGGCGCUUCAGCAGCUCUAUGGUCUCAUUGUUGGUAAGGAGCCUGCCAACAUCGGAAUCACUAAAGUGGCAAAGGCAGCAGCGGUGGACAGACUGACCGACACCACCAAAUACACGGGAUCACACAAGGAGCGUUUCGACGAGUCAGGCAAAGGAAAAGGAAAAUCCGGGCGCGAGGACAUCCCCGACACGAGUGGCUACGUAUCAGCUUACAAAGGCAGUGGUACCUACGAUGAAAAAGUGAAAGAAGCGUAAUAAUUAUGCUGACAGAUUAUGAAAACUUUGUUUCGCCAAUAAUUUGAAUCAAGGUUGUUGAGAAAACCAACAUAAAUUCAUUGGCUACUAUUUUUGAAGACAAAACAAAUAUACUAUAUAUUUGGUGCGGGCCUAGCGUGCGCCAUACUUUAAAUUCAUGGAUCCAUGAAAAAAAAACAAAAAAAAACGUAUUGAAUUGGAGUUUCAAAGUUUUCAUAAAGUGACAGCUGAAAGUAAUCCAAAAGAUAAUGAACAUAGCUGAAUUUAGCUGCAGUGAGUAUAGAAAUGUCUCAAAUGGGUCAUAGCACGAAGUCAUACUGCUCUGUAUAUUUUCUGUGAUUUCACAGGGACCAAAAGAUAAAAGUGUAGCCAAGCAUGCGUUAAAGAAACUAACUCUGCUCUGUACCAUAGAUUAACACUGUGCCUUACUAUUGAUGUAGCCGCUAGCAUGAAUGCUCUCAUAUACAGUAAUGUGCUGCCUGGAUGCUUUAAGAAAUGAGUUACCACUUCACUUGCUAGGCUUAUCACUAUACAUUUCAGUGCCUUUUGCUACAUGACCAAUCAGUGCCAGCCAUUAUUGCUGUCAUGGACAUUAUUCAUCUCAUUACAUUGAAUAUAUAUUGUAUGGCAUUAAAUGUACAGUGCGCUGAAAAGUGUAAUAUGCAGUGAAGAACAUGAAAUAAGUAAAUAAAUGUGGGCUUGUUCUGCGUUUGAACGUCA